UAGUGCUGGGAGCUGCGAGCCAAGAAAGAAACCGUGUGACCCGAGUCAGACACGGUGACUCCGAGUCAGGAAAUAAAAAAUAAAAAGAAAAAAGAAAAAAGGGAAAAAAAAGCAACAUAUUGGAGCGGCCGCGCAGCACUGACAUCGCGAACAGUCUCCUCACAGCACAGACCCUGGAUAUGGCUACGUCUAUACUUGGGGAAGAGCCACGGUUUGGAACUACACCUCUAGCAAUGCUGGCUGCAACAUGCAACAAAAUUGGUAACACCAGUCCUCUUACAACUCUACCUGACUCCAGCGCUUUCUCCAAAGGUGGAUUUCACCCGUGGAAGAGAUCCUCCUCCAGCUGCAACUUGGGAUCCAGUCUGCCCGGCUUCACGGUAGCAACGAGCCGCGCGUCGACAGGACUAACGCCGACCAGUGGCACCUCCAACAGCGCUUUUUGCUUAGCCUCCACCUCCCCGACCUCGUCCGCCUUUUCCACAGAGUACAGCGGUCUGUUCUCCAACUCUGCCAGCGUCGCGUCCCAAGAGGCUGGCCAGUCGGCGUUCAUCUCCAAAGUCCACACGUCGGCAGAGACCCUGUACCCGCGGGUGGGCAUGGCGCACCCGUACGAGUCGUGGUACAAGUCCGGCUUCCACUCGACCAUCUCCGGAGACGUCGCCAACGGUGCGUCCUCGUGGUGGGACGUCCACACGAACCCCGGCUCGUGGCUCGACGUCCAGAACCCCGCGGGCACCCUCCAGACCUCGCUGCACUCCGGCACGCCUCAAGCCAUCCACUCCCAGCUGAGUGGCUACAACCCGGACUUCUCCUCGCUGACGCACUCGGCGUUCAGCUCCACUGGAAUCAGCCCGUCCGCGUCUCAUCUACUGUCCACCAGCCAGCACCUGUUAACGCAGGACGGCUUCAAAACGGUCAUCCCCACGUACACAGACGCUUCUGCCGCCAACGCCAUGAUUUCUGGGGGCAGUUCAGGAAUAAGUAGCUCCUCGAGGUCGUCCCGGCGGUACUCCGGCAGAGCAACAUGUGACUGCCCGAACUGUCAGGAGGCUGAGCGGCUGGGACCCGCCGGGGCCAGCCUGCGGAGGAAGGGACUGCACAGCUGCCACAUUCCCGGCUGCGGUAAAGUGUACGGGAAGACGUCUCACCUCAAGGCGCACUUGAGGUGGCACACCGGCGAGCGGCCUUUUGUCUGCAACUGGCUUUUCUGUGGCAAAAGGUUCACUCGGUCCGAUGAGCUCCAGAGACACCUGCGCACCCACACCGGCGAGAAAAGGUUCGCUUGCCCGGUGUGCAACAAGCGCUUUAUGCGGAGUGACCAUUUGAGCAAGCACAUCAAAACGCACACGGCCGGCGGGGGAGGCAAAAAGGGCAGCGACAGCGACACCGACACCAGCAACCUGGAGACCCCGAGGUCCGAGUCGCCAGAACUUAUUUUGGAGGGUGUAAACCCCAGAAUCGCUGUAAAGGAUCCGUCUCCUCACGACGAGCCCUGAAAAAAAAAAAUCACAACGAGAAUAACUUAAAAAAAAAAAAAUACAAACAAAACAAACUGCACAGCAACAAAAACGGGUCUUAUCUGACAGACAGUUUUAAAAAAAAAAGGAGAAAAUAUUUCAAGAAGCGAUUGCAAAGUCUAACAACCUGAAAAAAAUAUAUAUUCUCCACAUGCAGGCGUAGCGAGUAUCUCAUGCGUAAAUCCAUCUAAAGCGAGCAGACUGGGUUACCGCGGGCCUCCGGGGGAUUUUUGAAAAAUGAAAGAUGUUUGCCAUGAAAAGGUUACGCGACAACAACAACAACAAAAAAGAGAACCUGUUGAACUUUGGGUUUGGACAAUGUGAGUCACCUCUUGUAUAUUGACGACUAAACUCUGUGUUAUUUUCAUGUAAAUGUUAGGCUAUGAUUGUUUUAUUCGUGUUGGUAUCCUGGAAAUCAGGGAGUUUACUUUCGACGCACUUUGUGGAUAAUGUACGUGCACAGCUUUUUUUCCCCAACUCUUUGGUUAACCAUUUUAUUUCUUUGCUAAAAAAAAAUAUCUAUAUAUAAAUGUUUACCUGUAUAAAGUCACACGUAUAAGACUUUCAUUUUAUCGUAAUUAAAACAUCAUGGAAAAAAGAAACAGAGGCUGUGACUUUGUGAUGUAGAGCUUAUAUUUUCUCGUAUUUUUGUGUGUGUUGAAUUUUGAUUUGAAAAAUUGUUUUAUUUAACUUAAAAUUUUAGAGGGUUUUUUUUCCUUUAAAAAAAAAAAAUCACCUACAACACCUUGACUUUUCCCCUCCACGGAAUAAAUCAAUGUUUAAUGCCCCGGAAAAAAACAUUUCAUGCCCAAAUGAAAAUCUUGUUAAAUGCUAUUAAUUAUGACUUGGAGCACAUCGCAGCCCCAUGUGUCUUGUAUUUGCGAUUAGGGAUUCGUGUCUUAUCAAAUAUCUAAUUAAUCUCCGAGACAUCUUUUGUUCAGUUUCACUUUAUCGAGGGGCUUUUUCGAAGGAGGGGGUGGUUUGACGACAAAAGGUCCCUGGAUAUUUAUUCUAAUUGUCCAAAUUAACUGCUUUCAUUUGCAUACCAAUCGAUGGAGCGAGAGUAAGGAUGUGGCUUCUUCUUUUCUCCUCCUCCUCCUCUUCUUCUUCUUUUUUUGGCCAGAAAAAAACACAUAGAUGUUAUGGGAAACAGUUUCUCUCUCUCUUUUUUUUUUUCAAACUUUAAGAGAAAAGAAAAGGGGGCAAAGAGUCACAUGCAAAUGCCCCGAAUUUGAAAUGCUCUCCGCUCGGCGCAGUCAAACGGUGUCUGCGCGUUAUUUGAAUAUCAGUGGGCCUCGCGCUGAAAGGGUUCAAGGAUGCUCUCUGACUUCUUUGUGCGAACCCAGUGCAGCGUCCGACUCUCAAAAGAGAGAGCCGGGGAAUAAUUACAGCGUGAGUCCGGGACUGGGAAUACGUCAGGGAAAAGCAUCUCACCCAGACACCCCUCUCCUUUUUUUUUUUUUUUUUGAAGAGGAUGUUAAAUUGACCAGAAGGCAAUAGAGGGAAAUUAUUUUCAUUUCCUUUUGUGCAACAGCGGCUUCGAGGAAAAACGGCCAGAGAGUGAAAACUAGCAAAUUAGAUCGCCAAUUUGACUUUUUCAUCUAAAUAUAAAGCCAGAAGCAACACUUGACAGGAGACACGUGGAAAUGUAUGCUCGUGGAGAGAGAGAGGGAGAGAGAGAAAUGUGUUUUUGGGUAAUUUUUUAAAAUAAAAAUAAAAAAAAAAAUACAAAUACAUUGACAUUCUUGAAAUUAUAGCAAAAAUGUUCGAGUUUAAAUUUCGAAGACUAAGAAAAAAAAAUGUAAUUUAUGGUCCAAAAAUGAAUUAAAAAAGGAGAAAGAAAAUCCAAUUUAGUCAGAUGGUUUUAAUUAUAAUUCAAAUUCAACAUAUUGUUCCCGGUUAAAAUAUAAAAAACGUGCAUUACUUAAAAAAAUACAAUAUAGUUGUUUUUUUCCUCCUGUUUGGCGCCAUUGGUUGCUUUUGUUUGGAUUCCAGUGUUGGCUCCGCUCAGACGCCGUAUAUUUGGACAGGAAUCAUAUUUGUUUUGUGUUGGAUUGACGCCCGUAAAAAAAAAAAAGAAAAGAAAAACCCAGCAGGUCGUAUUUCACAGCUCCGAGGAAUCAUGCACAUUAUGUUUGAUCAUUAAGGGGAAAUUUAUGACCUGAAAAUUGUAUAAAUAUUAUUUAAAAAACAGAUUAGUUUAUGCAAAAGUGUCCAGGGCUUAAAGACAAGUGACGGUGAUCAACCAACAGAAUAAAUCCACAUCUCUGUUUCCAUCUGUGUCUCACGCUGUCAUUCGUUUCUUUCAUUUCGGCAAUAAAAAAAUUAGAAAAAAAAAAAAAACACAAUAAAUUGAGAUGGUUAAACAUUUAAUCAGAAAAUAAAAAGUCCCGAUUUCCUUUUUCCAAGGAAUCAACAAGCGUUACAGUGAACAAUGUCGUAUUUUAAAACUACACAAUAAUGAAAGACUGAAAAGCUAAAAAAAAAA